UCUGCAUUAACACAAUCAAAAUAAUAAAGGAAAGGGCAACUAGGGAGAAGGCAGAGAAAGAAAUAGGAAAGGAAACCAAAGAAUUCUACACAAAAAUGGCUGAACAAAAAAAUCAUGUCAUCCCUCUUCUUACUCCUUACGGGAUGGGGAACUUCAAUCUAUCCCACAGAAUCGUUUUGGCACCACUAUUUAGAGCAAGAUCUUACAACAACGUUGCUCAGCCCCAUGCUAUUCUAUAUUACUCUCAAAGAGCUACCAAGGGAGGUCUUCUAAUUACUGAAGCCAAUAGUAUUUCACCCACUUGUCAAUACCAUCCAAACGCAGUUGGUAUAUGGUCAAAAGAGCAAAUUGAAGCAUGGAAACCCAUUGUGGAUGCUGUUCAUGCCAAAGGUGGUAUAUUCUUCUGUCAGAUUCUUCAUACUGGAAGGGUUUCAGAUCCAGAUUUUAAGCCCAAUAGACAGACCUUAAUAUCAUCAACCAACAAGCCAUUGACACAUAAUGGCAUCGAACCAAGGGCACUAAGGACAGAUGAAAUUCCUCAUAUCGUCAAUGACUUCAGGCUUGCUGCAAGGAAUGCUAUUGAAGCAGGGUUUGAUGGAGUUGAGAUACAUGGGGCACAUGGUUUUCUAAUUGAUCAGUUUUUGAAAGAUCAAGUUAACGAUAGAACAGACAAAUAUGGUGGAUCCACGGAGAACCGUUGUCGCUUUGCAUUAGAAGUUGUUGAAGCUGUUGUAGAAGAAAUAGGGGCAGAUAGAGUUGGAAUAAGACUUUCACCCUUUUCAGACUACAAUGAAUGUAAUGACUCUAAUCCUCAAGCAUUGGGUCUCUACAUGGCCAAAUCACUUAACAAACAUGGUGUGCUUUAUUGUCACAUGGUUGAGCCAAGAUGGGACAUUUCUGGGGAGAAUAAGGAAACCCCUCACACUCUUGCACCAAUGAAGAAGGCCUUUAAUGGCACUUUCAUUGUUGCUGGGGGUUAUGAUAGAAAAGAAGGGAACAAGGCUGUGGCUGAGGAGAAGGCAAAUCUUGUUGCUUAUGGUCGUUUGUUUUUGGCUAAUCCAGAUUUGCCUAAGAGGUUUGAGGUUGAUGCACCACUCAACAAGUACAAUAGGGAGACCUUCUACACUCCUGAUCCAGUUGUGGGUUAUACUGACUAUCCAUUUCUAGAAGGAAGUUCUUAAUUAAGGAUCACAUGAACUAGAAGGGUGGAUUUACUCUUAUGUUUUGCAUUAUUUGAUGUUUAAAAGUUGUUUGAUUUGGGUAUAUUUGUAUUUUUCACUCAAUUAUAUAUUGUAAGAUAACAGCAUAUUGUUGCACUUAAUAAGAAAAUAUUUAGAUUGAUUUAUUGUAUUAA